UCUUCUGAUCUUCAGUUUUCAUUCUUGAGUUACUCCUCUGUUGGAAACAUCACCAUUUUGAUAACUUCUACAAAGCUUCAUUUUUUUUUUUCCUUCAUGGAUGAAUCAUCAUCCCCACCUGAAGCUCCUCAAGACCUUCCCAUCAGCAAUGAGUGCCCGGAAUCCACAGAACCAAACUCAAAGCCAUUGACCAUCAAAAUAGCAAAAUCCUCGGCAGAUAAUGGCGAGAAAUCAUUCCCCAUCUCUCCUUGCAUUUCAAUCUCUCCACACUUGAACUCUCCCUCUCCACCGUCCUCUGCAUUUGUUUCCGCAUUGCAGUCACCAUAUAUAUCUCCAAGGGCCUUGGAACCACCACCACCACCACCACUUAGCAGCACCACUCCAUCUGCGACCAUCCCAUCUCCAAGCUCUUAUUCCGGUUCCCAUUCUGAUGAUAUCCCAAGCACUUCCUACACUCCUCCAUCAGAAAGAUAUGAUUCUUCCGUGGACCCAACCGAUCAAAGGCCAAAGUUCUCUGAUGCCGCCCGGGUCUCUUUCUCCUUCCCUGUCCCCCGAAUCUCCAUCGCGAAAGGUUCUGUCUCCCCUUCCUCCAAUACCAAGCUCCGAAGCUGUGAUGUUUACAUUGGAUUUCACGGCCAAAACAUUAAUCUCAUCCGCUUCUGUAAGUGGCUCAAGUCUGAGCUUGAGCUCCAAGGAAUAGCCUCAUUUGCUGCUGAUCGAGCGAAGUACUCAGAUACGCAGAGCCAUGAGAUUGCCGACCGAAUUAUAUGCUCGGCAACCUUUGGCGUCGUCGUUGUGACUCCGUCAAGCUUUUUGAAUGCUCUCAGUGUGGAGGAGAUCAGAUUCUUUGAUCAGAAGAAAAAUCUCAUCCCUCUUCUGUUUGAUACCGAGCUGUCGGAGAUCGCGGGUCUUCUAGAUGGGAGGUUAGAGGAUAAGGAGUGCAAGGAGGCAUUUGAAGGGCUAACCAGGAGCAAUGAAUUUAAGCUUGAAGCAAAUGAUAGCAACUGGAGGUGUAGUGUAUCGAAGACCAUCGGUAUCUUACAAUCGAAGCUCGGAAGGAAUAGCAUUGCUGAGAAGGAGACCGAAGGCUUCGAGGAACUACCCUUUCCUAGAAACAGACAUUUUGUUGGGAGGGAAAAGGAGCUGACAGAGAUCGAAGCUGCUUUCUUUGGAUGCAGUGAUGUUCAUGAAAUGGAGUGUCCAAAGCCUGCGCUGACUACCGGUGGAUCAAGUCGAUUCUCUGAUGGAUUUGCUGAUGAGGAGUGUGAUACAGUAAGAACUAAUGGGAGAUUUAUCAGCUUGGAAAUGAGAAAGUGCAAGGAGCCUACUUUGGAGGCUUGGAUUGAUCCAGUGAUCGAACUGACAAGCAAAGGAAGCCGACUACAGAGGCAGAGAUCAAAACACAAGAAAUCAAGAAGUGGGGGGAGCAAGGGUCAUGGUAAUGCCAGUGUGGUAUGCAUCAAUGGGAUAUCGGGAAUCGGCAAGACAGAGCUUGCACUGGAGUUUGCUCACAGAUACUCUCAGAGAUACAAGAUGGUCUUAUGGAUUGGUGGAGAGGCAAUGUAUUUCAGGCAGAAUAUAUUGAAUUUGUCGAUGAAUCUGGGAUUGGAUAUUAGUGCUGAAGCUGACAAGGAAAGAGGAAGGAUGAGGAGCUUCGAUGAGCAAGAGUUUGAUGCAUUCCAGAGGGUGAAGAGGGAGCUGUUUAGAGAUGUUCCUUACUUGCUAAUAAUUGACAAUCUCGAGACAGAGAAGGAAUGGUGGGAAGGGAAGGACCUGCAUGAUUUAAUUCCAAGGAACACUGGUGCUACCCAUGUGAUUGUGACAACCCGGCUCUCGAAGGUGAUGAGCUUUGAGCCCAUGCAACUACCACCUCUGUCUUUGGCCGACUCGUUGCUGUUGAUCAGAGGAAGACGGAAGAAGGACUACCCCGCUGAGGAACUGGAAGUCCUUAGAAAAUUUGACGAGAGAUUGGGAAGAUUGAGCUUUGGGUUGUGGGUGAUCGGGUCGCUGCUAUCCGAGCUAGCAAUCUCUCCGGCUUCCCUAUUGGAAGCCAUUGAAAGAAUCUCCCUCGGUGAAAAUUUUUUCUCGUCGAGCGCUACCGAUGAUGUGUUCUGCAGGAACAACCCUUACUUGAUGAAGGUCUUGGCAUUUUGCUUCGCCAUUUUGGAUCGAGAUAAAGGAAGAAGUCUUGCAUCACGAAUGGUUCUUACUGGUGCUUGGUUUGCUCCUGCGCCCGUCUCUUCGAAUUUAUUGGCUGCUGCAGCUAAUAAACUGCCUGCAAAAGAGAAUGGUUGUCACCAAUGGAGUAAAGGUCUUGCUAUGGCCUUUGGUUGCUACUCCAGCUGCUGUUUGGCUCACCAAUCUCGAAAGAAUGAAGUGGAGUCUGCUCUCAUGCUGGUUAAACUAGGCCUGGCGAAAAGAACCAUGAGACAGCCAGGUUGCUGGGUCCAAUUCCACCCGAUCACCCACAUGUUUGCGAAGAGGAGAGGUGGGUUGCCACCAGCCAAGUUCAUGGUUCGAGGAAUGAGGAAGGUCGGUAAUGCCGCAAUGAACUCAGAUCACCUCUGGGCUUCUGCAUUCCUUGUAUUUGGCUUCAAGUCGGAACCCCCCCUUGUCCAGCUCAAGGCAGUUGAUAUGGUCCUCUUCAUCAAGAAGACGGCUCUUCCUUUAGCAAUCCGAUCAUUCAUGACCUUCUCAAGGUGCAAUUCGGCUCUGGAGCUGCUUAAGGUGUGUACAAAUGUGCUCGAGGAGGUGGAGAAAUCGUUCGUGUCCCAAAUACAAGAUUGGCGUCGUGGGUCCUUGCGCUGGAAGAAGAAGCUCCAGUCCAACCAGAAGGUGGAUGAGUAUGUGUGGCAAGAUGUGAUACUCCUCAAGGCCACAUUGCUUGAGACCAGAGCUAAGCUGUUGCUUAGAGGGGGGUAUUUUGACAGUGGGGAGGAACUUUGCAGGACAUGUAUCAGCAUUAGAACUGUGAUGCUUGGACACAAUCAUUCACAGACUCUAGCUGCCCAAGAAACACUAGCAAAGUUGGUCAGGUAUAGAAGUAAGUUAUGAAGCUGCUUCCAAGCUCUGCAUCUUGCCCUUUGAGUUUACUAAAUCUUUACAUUUCAAUCAUGAUGAUUGAUACAAAUCCUAGCUUUGUUCUUAGAUUUUGUUGGACUUGAUAAGUACAUGUAGUUACUGUCUUUCAUA